GCAGCGCCUCCCGUUUGACCGUUUCGUACAGCCCUGAAGCCCGGUACCGGAGGGGAAGACGAGGCCGCUACCGGAGCUUCAUUUAUCCGUUAUUCUGAAAGGAGAGUGAACGACAAAAUGGACGGCAAGUCGGCCUCGCAGAACAGUGAGCUGACGGAGAGAGGCCAUCAUAGGAGACUUUCUUCGAUUUUAAAAGCGCCACGUAGUCCUCUGAAAGAUCUUGGAUGCGGAAAUGAGCUUUGUCAGGAACCUGUACUUGAAAAGCGACGGAAAAGCUCUCGCCGUGUGAGUUUUGCAGAGACUAUAAGAGUUUUCACACCAGAACUACAGUUGGCUGGGUCAGCUGAUAAAGAAAAUGAAGGUUUUGGGGCUGGCGAUUCAUGCAAUAGUAUCCAUAAAGGAACAGCUGAUACAUGUGGGAUUGCAGGAAUAGACACACUGCUUCAUGGACCUAUUCAUGCUCCAGGUCACAAUGUGGAUUGGAAUUACAUAAACGGUGUUAAAGACAGAACAAUUUUCUUCUCUUCGGACAAUGAUAUGGAUAUGACUGCAAGCAACACAGUAACCAUUCAUGGACUGAUCGAGGAUAAAACUAUGAAAAUUGAUACCAGUCAGUUCCUAGCCAGUUUAAAAUCCCAUACCAGUGAGGAAGUGGAGAAAAACCAAGACUUUCAGUUGUCAUUUGGGGUUGAAAAACAUUCUGGCUUUCAGAGAGAUUCUUCCAUGGAGAACAAAAUAAAGUUUAGUGACUUCUUGUCAAGUUUGGGAAGUGGGAAAUCAAAAGCAACAAACUGUUUAGAUGAUGCAGACAAAGAGAAUAUCUUUCCAUUUGUUCCCAUCCAUCUCCCCUCUCAGGACAAUACAGGAAACGUUACACAAAUGUUCAGAGAGCAAGAUCACGGCCUGGACCUAACGAAAUGCCACACGACCAACAUAGAUUCUUUUUUCCCAGCGUUUAGCAAAGAAAUCCCAUCCCGUUUGAUUGCCACUGACAACUAUGGGAAUAGUCAACCUAAGAGCUCUCUAGUAAAAAGUUCUGCCCUGAACGCUAGUUUAAACAGACCCCCUUGUAAUGACCAAACUGUGUUUAUGGAAGAUGACAUGGAUAUUACCUGUAGCCAUACCACUCGCAUAAGACAAGACAUCCCUGCUCAUGAGGUCCAGCUACAUAGAAACCAAAAUAAGACUCUCUUCCCUUCAGACAAAACCAUCAUUUUUGUUGAAGAAAAUGAAAUGGAACUUACCAAAAACAAUUCAGUUUGGUUAAACAGGAAUCAAAGUGUGACAUCUAGUCAAAGGAAAGAGAGAGCCUUUUGCAUGGAACAUACCACUAUUCUUCCUCAGGGCGAGGACAUGGAUAUUACGAAAAGCCAUACAGUUGCUAUAGAUGGUUUAACGAUGGAUCGGGUGAAACCUCAAGCCAUGUCUCAGUCGAUAGUAUGUAAUAUGAUAGCAAAUGAUAUUAAUGGUACUGCUUGUGUCGGAGUGAAAAGGGGUUCCGGAACGAUUCCGAACAAAUCUUUAAAUAGCGUUGAGCAUGCCCAAAGCAGUUCUGAAAACGAUGCAACCUAUGCUUCUGAUCUAGAGUACAAGCAAGGAGAUCCAUUUAGUCAAGCAAGGCAAGUUGGACAGAACAAAACUUUGAGCACCAUUUCUAACCUUGAACCUCUGGGGAAAAUGUCUACCCACAAUACAAAAUCUGGCAAUAGUGAGAAAACAGUCAUGUUUGCAUAUGAGCAAGCGGAUAUGGAACUGACCAAGUCCCACACCAUUGCCAUCGAUGGUAAACGUUUGCAAGACAAUAAAUCGUAUUUUAGUGGUUUAAAACUACCUUCCGUUUGCGAUAAAACUAUCCUGUUCUCCACUGACAGUGAUGACAUGGAGCUAACACAAAGCCACACAGUUUGUAUUGACCAAAAAGCUUUGAAUCGAGGUAACAAAAAGAUGGUUUUCUCAGAGUUUCAACAAAGAGGCACAUCUGUAAGCGGCCAGGCCGAAAAAACGGACAUGGAGCUUUCUGAUCCAAGAAGAACGGAAAAUACAUCAUUACUAAACAAGGCGACUGGGGGCACUAAAAGAAAAAGCAUUCUAAAUGCUACGCGUCGUGUCUCUGAUGACAUUGUUGAAACUGGUAACUUUAGAAAAAGCUCUCCAUCAGGUGAAUGUGAAGACAAUAAGACGGUACUGUUCACUUGUGACCAGCAAGACAUGGAGAUUACUCGGUCACACAUGGUUUCUAUUGACAGCUGGAAAAAUAAUACAAACAAUAGGAAGAGCAACGAUCUAGGAUUUAAUUUAGCGGUCUCAAAAUGUCCUGACAUAAAUAUUCAUAAAUGUAAAGAGCAAGAUGGCUACACUAUUGCAAAUGAACGAGAAGCUGGAACAAAGUCUUCAUAUGGGUUACCAGCCAGUGGCCUGAUCCCUGCUCAGGGUACAUCAUCUGAAGAGUCUACUAGGGAAGCCUGUGCAACUUUACAGAAUAAUACCAUUUUUUUUAGGCCUGAUCAAGGUGAUAUGGACAUCACUAAUUCAACUACCGUUGCUAUAAAAAAUACAUUAUUAUGUGGUACGUCCAAAACCAACAAAUCCCUUCUGUGUGUGCCAGCCACAUUAAAGAACAUUGCUGCAGAUAAAACUGUUUUUGAAGAUGAAAUGGAACUUACAAAAAGCCAUACGAUGAUUAUUGACGAGAGGGAUCCCAUCGGAUUACAUGAUCGAUCCUCUUUGGUAAAGGACGUCACACUUUCUUCUGCUUUGGAUCUUUCGGGUACAAAAUCAAAUACAAUUUCGCAUGAGGUGGACACAACACUUAAGGUUUCAAAGCAACAACUUCAUAAUGAAACAGUCCACCAAGAUGGUGAUAUGGAGAUGACCAACGUCAACGCGGGUCUGCUUGUUGCUGCAGGAAAAUCGCACACUUGGAGCAAAGGAAAUCCAUCGUUCCUUGAAUCCUGCAAGGAUAAAACCAUUUAUUUAUGCGAUCAAGAUGAUAUGGAUAUGACCAGAGCACAUACUGUAUCCAUUGAAAACAAGGUGGUUGUUGGGAUGUAUAAUGCUCAUCUAAAGAGUGGGUCACCAAACCACAGCACAAUUAGUCCUCCAUCAGUAGAUAUGAGUCGGCUUGGUGACGUGAAAUACAUUUCUAGGCCUCAUUCAGUGCAUUGUUUUGAUGAGAAAUAUGACCUUAGUCGAACACAGUUUAAUCAAGAUAUGGAUAUUACAGUGUCAAAUACAGUUUGCGUUGACAACUUAAAUGAUCUCCAGCUUGCCGUUUCUCCAUCUAAAGUUCUCCCUUCCACAAGUACCCAUCAUCGUGACUAUAUGGAAAGAGAUAAAGCUAAUGACCUUGUUUUUGACAAGAAGAAUGAGACCCAAUUGGAGAAAGAUGCUCCUGUGUCUAUUGAAACACAGGAUAAGACUGUAUUUUUAUCUGAACAGAAUGAUAUGGACAUUACCAGGUCACAUACUACAGCAAUUGAAAGCAAAAUGUUGGAAUGCACAAAGGCUAGAAAAGUUAUUACAGCAAAUAGAAAUUCUGAUGUUAAUAUGGCAGAUGAUGCUACACCUAUGAAUGGGAUAUGCUCAAAUGAUGAAGACAUGGACAUUACAAAGUCAAACACCGUCUUUAUUGAUCACAUAUCCAAUAAACUACGUAAUAAAGGUGUUCACGAUCCUAAGAGGAAAAGUCUGUCUUCUCACCCAAAGCGUUUAGGUGCCAGUAAUGAAACAAUACUUCUAGUCUGUAACAUGGAGGAGACCAAUGCAAAUGUUAAUCUUACUGAAAAGCUAAUAAAUAUGUCUUGCUUUGAUAAGACUGUGUGUAAUCAAGGUGAUAUGGAAAUCACAAAAUCUCAUACAGUGGCAAUUGAAAACAAGACCUCGGAUCCUUCUCAUACUCCUUAUCCUGUACAGAUGUGCUCUGAGGUAUCUAGAAGAACGGCUUCGUGUGACCAAGGCACUACUUAUGUGUGUGAUGAAAUGGAAAAACCUAGACCUCAAGCUGCAUCAACUGAUAGGACACAUGCUGAAAGCGUACCUCUUCUAAUUUCCAAGUCCAUUUCCUGUAAAGAUUUGAGCAUGCCUCCAGAUACAACCAUGACAUUAUCAGUAAACGGAAAAGAAAGCGAAUUAACAAACUUACAAGGAAACGGCGUGUUGACACAAAGGACUAAAGUCUUACCUGACAAUGGUUAUGAGACGGUGUUUCCAGAUGAAGAAAAGAGUUUGGAUGUUACUAGGGCACACACUGCCGCUGUAGAAAUCCAUUUCUUGGACCAUAACUCCCAUAUUCCCAGCACUAGAGUAGGUGGCAUCAAAGAUGACAUUGAGGUAGUUGACAGCUUAAAAGCUUGUGGAAAUCUAAUAGGAAUGGAACAAAAAUGUGAUAAUCUCAAUGAGUGUUUAGAAAAGCAAAGGAAAAGUGGAAGGAACAGUUAUGCGAGGUCCUUGUCACUGUUAGAGAAAUCUGGAAUCGAGGGAUGGGAAAAGGGGCUUACACAAAGCCAUACAGUUCCAGUAGAAGAUGUGUCUGUGCUGAAGGCUGGUCCUUGUGGUAAUGCAGGAACAGGUUUGAUGUUAGACACUAGUGACCAUAAAACUAAGGAGCAUACCUUCUUUAGAAAUGAUUACUUGGAUGAUAUAGAUCUGAAAAGGGAUCACAUUUUUCCUGACCAUUUAGAUUCUUAUUACAAAAAGGAAAGUUUAACAGAAAAUAUGGUUCCAGAUGAUAAAUCCAGUUAUGGGAAUGGAGCCAAAAGCCAUUUGUUAGGGAGAAAAAGUGAGAGUCUAAAGGUGACUGGUGAACUCAUACCUGUUAGUAGUUCCUUUAAUUGUGACUCCUCCAGUCUUGCCUCAGAUUCUAGAGACCAUGUCAGACCUAAGGCGCAGACGGCGCAUGUUCUUCCUGAAGAUGUUAAUCACAAAGACCCAGAAGUGGAACUAGAAACGCAGGUGACAAAAGCAAAAUUGAAAGGAAAAAGAGUAUCUUUCCAUUUUCCAGAAAAGGAAAUUGUGGCUAAGGAUGUCCUGUUAGACCAAGAAAAUGUCAUGCCGCAAGAAAACCGCAAUCAAGUUGUACAUAAAGAUGGAACUGUCCAUGUUACAGAUCAAGUAUCUGAUUUUAAUUCAGAUUUUAUCAACCAAACCUCAGUUAUAGGUAUGAUGAAGACAGAUGAAAACCUGGAGGAUGACCUUCAGAAGGACCCUGAAAGAUCAAAAUUGAAUCCUGGAUUACCUAAAGAGGUCUCCUUUUAUGUUGAAGGUUCGGGGGCUUUAUCUGAAUUAUCAGAGAAUUAUAAAAAGCGGAGAAGCAUUGGUGAUAUCCAGUUAAAGAUAAAGAGUUUAACACAGAAGUCAAUGUCAUCCCAUCACACUGCUCCUGUCUCCAGCCUCAUUGAACCUAUGCAAGCACCAUCCCAGAUUGUGUGUCCUUCAAGUUCUGAAACUGAACAGUUCUUGAUGAAUGCAGAGUUGCAGAACACAGAACCCUUUGAAGAAAAGGAGCCAUUUCAUGAGGAAAAUAAAGCUAUUUCAAGAGAAAACAGUUUACCAAAUAGAUUCUCUGUCAAAAUGAUUAAGCCCAAGCUUCCCAACAAAAGGGCAUCAAGCACAAGUAUUAAAAACCAGGAACCAGUUUUGUCUUCUGUUCCUCAGGCUCAACCCCAAAACGUUCAAAACUCCAAGGCACUACUUAGGGCUCUCAGUGUUGCUGAUAGUCCAUGCAUAGAUGAAGAGAUACUUCCUGAUGUUCAUGAGAUCAGCAGUAUAUUUCACUAUGAGGUUCCUGAAGGUGCUUGGGAGGACUUAUGUCAGGAUGAAGCGCUACAGCAGAACUCGAAGAAGAGGGCUCUUGAUACAGAGAAUGAUUUAGUGAGCCAAAUAGAAAAGAAAUCCAGGAGAAAUGAAGAUAUUUCUGAAAAAGAUGAUGCGCAGACUUCGGCGGCUUUUAAAGGUCCUGACAAGUCAUACCGAAGGGAUUAUUCUGCUCAUCAUGCAAGUAAAACCAUGGAGCAGACGUGCAGCAGCAGCAGCUCUCAAGAUUCACGGGGCGAUGGGAUGUCUGUAGAGCUGAGCAGUCAACAGUACAGUCAGAUGGACUCUCAACUACCGUGGGAUGCCGGAUGUGAGCAAAGCCUCUGGCAGAAAUUUCAAGAUGGCACCAUUACGGUACAGGAAUUUUUUGGUCUGCUAAGAAUCCGCAUUCUUAUCCAGAAGCCAAGAUACAGUGAACUUCCAUCUAAGCAUGGCAUGACUGAAGAGCUAACGGCAGCCGAAAUCCUCCGAGAUCAAUAUGUCUAUCAGCCGACACUGCCGGUGUAUGAGGAGGAGAGUCGCACCUUGUAUCAGACAAUAGAGGAACUAAGGGUGUCCACAGAGCUGCAGCACAAGCCUUUAGCACAAGUCAACAGUUUGCUUUGGGAAGCAAUGAGAAUGUGCUCAGAAAAUGAGUUGAUGUACUUUGGAGUGCCUCUGAAAAAUAUGAAGUCCUUGUAUUCCAAGAAGAGCAAACUUCUGGCCCACGAGGAGAAGGUUUCUACAUACAGUAAACUGCUCCACACUGCGCAGAUACAAUAUGAGCAACUACAAGCAAGACUAAGGGAGACUGAUAGGCUUCUGAGAGAACUUGAUGACUGCAUUUCUAGCCUAGAAACUGAAACUGCCAUAUUGAAUGAUGAAUGUAGAAACGAGAGUCUACGAGGUUGCAUGCAACUACAGGCAGAGAUUGACCGCUUAAAGUCACAGGAGCAGCAUUCUGCCAGGGAAAGUUUGGAGCUAAAGGAAAGGAAAGAAAAGGUGCUGGAACAGCUUGGCAGUCUGCAAGAAGAAGCCCGGGUUACGGAGCGACAUCUACAAGAACCCAGUUUCACAGAAUGGGAGCUGGUGAAGUGGAACGACGACGAAGCCGCCUUUCUUUUCCUGUACGAUUCUCUCGAGCUUUCCAUCACGUUCGGAGACUAUAUCGAUGAUGAAAGCUUUUAUAACCAACCUUGCAGAAGAAUUUCUAGUGUGAUAAUGGAGUCUCAGCUGAACGACAUGGUGGCGCCUCCAUCAUCCAGUCUAGUCCACAGACUAAUUUUCCAGCAUGUUGAAAAGAAGGGAGCCUUUCAUGAGACCUAUAAAACACAGAAAAACCUACCCCAGCUUCUUUCUGAUUUGUCCCUGGUGGUGAGCCGAUGUAAACUACUUGGAGAAGAGCUGGAACACUUAAUAAAAUGGGGGUCAAAUUAUAACAUUGUGAAAGCCCAAGUACAGGAUCAAGAAGUAAAGCUGCUGUUUUCAAGCUUGGCAGCUCUUGUAAAGUUUGAGCUGAUAAUACAUCUUUCAGACACCUACCCGACUACCCCUCUGGCCUUUACAGUCAAUAAUCAUAUCGGAGGAAUUACGAACAGCAGACUAAUGGAGAUGAUGUCAGAGGUACCCGUGGGGCUCUGGUAUUUGAAGAGAACUGUGAAAUUCAUACAUGAAAAGCUACUAGUUUAACGCUUUUAAGAACUAAAUAUAUGUACAACAUGUUAGUUAUUUUUUAUUUUUAAAUACAUUGAAAACGUGGAUUUCGCCUUAUGCGUUCCAGAUUGUGAAAGUCUGCUGAGAGCAUUUCAAAUCUGCACCAUAGGACAAUUUCUGUGCAGAUGUGUUUUGCAGCAGGUGGAUAAGAUUUGUUAAAUCUCAUCCACUUUCGCUGCUUCUAUAAUUCAUUGUGGAUUUGUUUUGCCCAGAUCUGCCCAGGGUGAAAUGCUCUAACUCCCCUCUACUGGUAUUGUACCGGUGGCCAUUCCUGAAGUAACUGGAAAACUAAAGAGCCUAUUUUUCAGUUGAUAGAGCAUCUGCUAAAAUGUAAAUAUAUUAAUCCUAUUUAUAAGCAGAGAACACAGGAAGCUCCAAUUGAUGAUUGAUCUGCCAUAGACUGUCAUGGAGCCUUCUUGACUAGGGAAUCAGUGGUGGUCUGGAAUCAUACAAAGUACAGUUUACAAACCCAUACCCAUAUAAGAAGAGGAUAUCCCUUAGGCUUCCCUGCUUUUUGAUCUGACAUAUGCUGCCAGCUUAUUGCAUAAUGCCAUUCAGUUACGUUUUAGGGUACUUUCUCACUAGCGUUAGAGUUUUCCGGUAUUGAGUUCCAUCAUAGGGGCUCAAUACCGGAAAAAAAAAAAACGCAUU